UAGCCACCAAGAUGGACUCCGUCGGUCACGGCUGUGUUUUCACCAGCUCCUUCUCGCCUCUCGGAGGGAGAACAUGACGCGGGGCGAACCCUCAACCUCACGGGGCGUCGGCUCGGAACGUGUUCGGUUUUCGUGGAGGUCGAUCGACGAGAGGCGGUGCGGCGGAAGGUCGGUCGGUCCGAGCUAGUUGAUCAGCAGCUGUAACCGUAAGCUAGCUGUCUUUCUCGGGUCGGAACGAAAACAUCCCGCGGCGGAGAAAAAAAAAAUCUUUCAAGUGUCUUUAAAUUCAGCAAAUUAGAUCAAAUCUUCACUUUUUGGACUUGAGAGGCGGUGUACAUUCCUAAAGUUGUCAUUUGACGGGUUAUUGUAGUGUUUAGACUGUAAGUUAGCGCGAGCGGACAUUAAGCUUCUUACUUGUUAAGCUCGGCGGAUUCUUCUCUCCGGCGAAAAUGUAGAAACGGGACAUUUUCUGUGUUUGUGGUGAUUUUGAGGUGUGGACCAGUGUUAAGAGACAGGCGUGGGCUCAGUCGGUAAAUACACCGACCUCCACCCUCCGCGGAGCCGCUGUUUACACUCCGCCCCGGGGUCGAGUUGACUGUUCGGGGCUGGGGAAGCUCCGCAGGCGCCGGACGGAGCCGGACCGGGCCGGACUUCCUCCCCAUGGCGACCACUGAGAGCGGCUCUCGGCUGGAGGUCUGCUUCGGUUCGAGGGCUUUAACGCUCUAGCUUCAGUUGUGAGAUCACCUGUCAACUUCUCCCGGGUGUGUGUGUGACUGAAGAUGGAGACGGCAGUGCGGUCCCACCCGGGCGAGCUCUUCGUCCACCCGCUCUCCAACCCCGGAGCCGCGGGGAUCUGCCCCGAGAUGCUGGAGGUGGCGGAGGAGGCCAACCGGGCAGGGGACUACAGCCUGGCGGUGGAGAUCUACAGCUCCCAGCUGGCAGACCUCCAUCAGCCGGAUCGGGGCUUGUGCCUGAGGAAGGCCGACUCUCUGGCCCGCGCCGGGCGCAUCUCCGAGGCGCUGGACUCAUACUGCUCAGCCGCCAGCCUGGGCAAGCUGCGCCCGGAGGAGCUGCCCCUCCUGGUGGACACCAUCACCCGGACUCUGCGGGAGAAAGAGCUGGGCAUCCCCGCGGCUGUUCAUGGACACUGUCCCAGCAGCAGCAGCGGGGAGGGAGGCUCUCAAGACAGCGAGGGUGAAGAGGAUGAAGCCCUGGACCUGUUCUCCUGUCGCCUCUGCAGGUGUCUCCUCCACGAACCCACGACAGUGGAGUGUGGACACACUUUCUGCAAGAACUGCAUCGAGGACGACUCGGUUAAAGAUUGUAUUCAGUGUAAGGAGAAGCUGAGCUCAAAGGACAAACUGCCCAACGGCCGCAGGCUCAACGUGGUGCUGAGCGGCCUGCUGGACAAACUGUUCGCCACCGAGAGCAGAGCCAGGAAGUUCUGGGUGGAAGCGGAGCUGCUGUGGAAAAAGGAGGACCUUCCGGGUGCCUUGGAGAAAUACGAUGCAGCCGUGGAACUAGUGCCGUCCUCAGGCAGGCUGCUGUAUCGACGGGCCGAGCUGCACGUGGAGCUGAGGAGCUUCAGCCAGGCGGUGCAGGACGCCAGCAGCCUCUGCAGGAUGAAGCCUCUCUGGGCCAAGGCUCACUGUCUGAAGGCGGCGGCGCUGACCAGAGCGGGGCAGAACGACGAGGCCUUGCAGGAGUAUCUCCUAUGUGUGGCGCUGAAGCCCGAAUGGACCAAAGUCAAACUGGAGGCGCAGAAGGUCCUCAGUGAGCUCUUCUCCUCCGUGUUCGAGAACGAAGACCUGCCGACGCCGCUGCACCCGCUGCAGGGCGGCGCCGCCGGCCGCCUCAUCAAGCCCGCCGCCCUGCUCCGGUCUCUGAGGCCUCUCACACAGAGGGCGGGCUCGCUGUGCCAGGACUCGGACCUCGGUGCGGCUAAAAGUGCUCCGGUGGACGACGAGUCCUCCAGACCGUCGGCCCCGCCUCCCGCUCAGCCGGACGCCGCCGCAGAGGAGGGCAGCACCAAGACGCUGGCCGAGGUCCUUGCCGCGCUGCCGGCACCCCCCAGUGGCCUUAAGAGGAAGCACAGCGGAGACGGUGCCUCGGCGGCCCUCAGCCCCCCCGUCAAGCUGCUCCGGGCCGACGGGACCAGUGGCGCUGGGCCGGCGGCGGCCUGCGGAGGAGGACGGGUGGUUCCUGCUGAGCUGUUAGACAGCGGGGACAUGGAGUGCUCACUGUGCAUGAGAUUGUUCUACGAGCCGGUGGCCACGCCCUGCGGUCACACCUUCUGCCUCAAGUGUCUGGAGCGCUGCCUGGACCACAACCCCAACUGCCCGCUGUGCAAGGAGAACCUGUCUGAGUAUUUGGCCACCAGGGGGUACAGUAAGACCCUGCUGACGGAGGAGGUGCUGCAGCGCUACCUGGCAGAUGAGCUGGCCGAGAGGAAGAAGAUCCACGAGGAGGAGAUGAAGGAGCUGUCCAAUCUGAACCAGGAAGUGCCCAUCUUCGUGUGCACCAUGGCCUUCCCCACCAUCCCCUGCCCGCUGCACGUGUUCGAGCCGCGCUACCGCCUCAUGAUCCGCCGCUCCAUGGAGACCGGCACCAAGCAGUUCGGCAUGUGCAUCGCCGACGAGCUCAAAGGCUUCGCCGACUUCGGCUGCAUGCUGCAGGUGCGGGACGUGAAGUUCUUCCCGGACGGCCGCUCCGUGGUCGACACCAUCGGCGUGUCGCGGUUCAAGGUGCUGAGCCACGGCCAGAGAGACGGCUACAACACGGCCAAGAUCGAGUACCUGGAGGACAGGAAGGUGGAGGGCGAGGAGCUGGCCGAGCUGCUGAAGCUGCACGACUCGGUGUACGAGCAGGCCAGCAACUGGUUCACCUCCCUGAAGGACAACAUGAAGAGCCAGAUCCUCAGCCACUUCGGACACCUGCCCAGCAAGGACCCCGACCCGCAGGCCAGUCCCAGCGGUCCAGCCUGGUGCUGGUGGCUGCUCGCCGUCCUGCCGCUGGAGAACCGGGCCCAGCUCACCAUCCUGGCCAUGACGUCGCUGAAAGACCGGCUCAUCGCCAUCAGGAGAGUCCUGAUCUUCGUCACCCGCAAGAGGCCGCGGUGAUGGCCGCCGCCGCCGCCUCUCGCAUCUAUGCAGUUCAGAAGACAGAGCGUGGUUCCCCCGAGUGCCCCCCCCCCCCAGCCUCAUGAGCUCAUCCCGGGCUCCUCUGGCCUCGACCACGCUCGUCCCUUCAGACUCUCCCGGACGGCCGCCUCGCCUCGGUUCUGACGUCUGGAGGAACGGACCCCCUGCUGAGCGGCUCCCCUCACACCAGGACAGCAGGUGGAUGAAACGAACGCCCCCCCAAAAAAUGAGCCCAUGACAUGAUGGCAACGCACAACUGAAUGUAUGCGCCCGACCACACGGCGCUCGGUGGGGGGCGCGUCGGCGCCGCAGCAGCUGCUCCUCUGAGCCACGGCGGAGAACGUUCCGUCACACGACGUCUGUUCAGCGGGUUUCACGAAAAAUGAUCAAAAAAACAAUCAAGGUUCCAGAGAAAGUCCCAGAAGCUGCGCCGGUCAGACCUGUAGUACCGCCUCACGCCACCAGAGGGCACCGAGGAGCAGCUGCUCACUGCUGCCACCCUGUGUGCCGCUGCAGCAUUACAUCAACCUUCCUUCACAUCCUGUUCGUGCUCUGCGAACGUGGCCGCCGCUGAGCUUCUCCUGGUUUUUAUGGAAUCAGCUUCGUGUGUUUAACUCGACGUGAGCCGAGCUCCCGCACAAGCUCUGGUCGCUCAGAGGAAUGAGGACAGAAUGCAGAGGAAAACGGGAUCCUGUGAGCCUCUCCUGUCCGGCUGUAGCAUAUCUCUGGGGUUCCCGUAGUUCUAGAUUUCUUUGGUUCCUGUUUGUGUUUGGUGAACUCUUUCAUUUCGAGUGAUUUACAUGUUUCUCUAUGUAUCUCUGAGGCCUUUUCAAUGUUUUAUUUAAGGAACAUUCAACUCCUCUCUGCUAAUCCUCCUCCGGUUCAUGUACGUGCACACAUCCGUGCUGCGGAGUUUUCUUAGCCGUCUGAUUCUUUUUCACCUUUACAAGCAGAAGUUGAUUUGCACAAAGCUUCUGUCACAUCACGGCCAGACUUCACAUCGAUUUGGACUAAAACACCAUGUUUUCCGAGUGUUCGGACGGUUGUUUGCAGGCGGUUUGGAUCCCUGCAGUUCGUUCUUCCAGCACUUUGAUAGAGGACUGUAGCACGAAGCUCCAGCCGCAGGAAGUUUAGCUCCCACUCCGUCGCCUCCUUCUCAAACUAGGUUUAUAAGAAGACCCCAGCACUUUAAAGGCUUCCGGGCAGUUCAGAGGAAUUGAAUGGUCCCAUCGGUUGGAAUGGCGUGUGGAUGCGGCGGUUCCCUCUGCGUCAGCGGCGUGCGCGUGCACGUGCACGCCUGGUCUGUGUAGAGUUCUGUCCUUCCAGAUGUUCGGGGCUCAUCUGGAUCCCAGCCUGUUCACAGCCCGCUGCGUUUCCCUCCUGUAUUUGUAAAGGGAGCUCUUAUACCUAUUUUUUAUUGCAAAUAAAACAAAAACUAAUUCA